AUGUCAUCGUCACCGCCUCCGACGUCUGUGGCAACGCCGCCUCCGACGUCUGUGGCAACGCCGCCUCCCUCGUCGACGCCGUCUCCACCCGCGGGGGGGACGCCACCGUCCGCGGCGGCGCCGCCGGUGUCCUCUCCGCCUCCUACCGUCUCUCCCCCUCCGCCGGUGCAAUCUCCGCCGCCUACUGUCUCGACCCCUCCGCCGGAGUCAUCUCCGCCGCCUACUGUCUCGCCCCCUCCGCCGGUGUCAUCUCCGCCUCCAGCGGUAGUCUCGACCCCGCCGCCGUCUCGGCCCUCAUCGUCGCCGCCCCCGUCUGUGUCCCCUCCGGCGCCGCCGGUUUCGACACCUCCACCAGAGACGCCGGUGUUGACGCCUCCUGCAACUUCUCCCCCUCCUCCGGCCUCGUCUUCGAGAUCACCGCCAUUGAGGCCGGUCUCUUCGCCACCCCCUGCGACUCCCUCGGUGCCGUCGCCUCCAGAUUCUCCUCCUCCUUCCACACCCUCGCCUCCUGGGAUUCCUUCAACACCCUCUCCUCCAUCUGGCGAAUCGCCGCCGUCUCCAUCCGGCGGAAAUUCCGGUACUCCGUCUGCUCCUCGUUCUUCUCCUCCGUCGUCUUCUGGCUCCUCCAGCUCCAUUUCGGCACCCAUAGUCGUGGGAAUUGCUGUGGGUGCCGUGGCUCUCGUCGCCAUAUUGAGCAUCCUAUUCUGCUGCUUUAGGCGGAAGAAACGAUCAGUUUCAUCACCGUCGGUUCCCCAUGGAGAGGUGCCGAUGCCUCCUCCACGCAAGGGUAAUCUUUUAACACCACCCUGUGCACGAUUCCAGCUCAAGGAAACUGAGCUCGAUUAUGAAUUGGUAGAUAUUAAGCUUCCGCAACAUUUGUUCCUUGCUUUGAUCUCCUCAGUUCUUCUCUGUAAUGCAUGCUUCCAAUCAGCUGAAUCAUACUUUCUAGUGAGCCCUGGAUACAACAGUGUAACUGUAGAUUCGAUUUGCAAAGAUGGUUCUCCUGGAUGGAGAUUGGAAGACACUGGCUGAUCCUUCAUUCUGUGCAGUAUAUGUCCAACAUGCUGUGGAUUUUGGAGAGAAGAUGAAGAGAGAGAGAGAGAGAGAGAUGUGGAAAUUGAUGUUAUGAUUCGUAAAUUUACACUUGGUGGCUGCUCAUGGAAGCAGUUGUCUUCUUGAAAAAGUACAUGCAGCCAUUACACGUUCUGACAGAGGACGGAGUAGAGAUUUACCGACCCUUUUCGAUGUUUUCUUCAUUGUUCAUCGGAUCAGUUGGUAAAUAUUGAGUGCCUUCUUGUCCUGUGUAUUCUCCGAUUCUAUUGCACCGCGUUCUUGAGUAAGGCAUGAUGAAUCCGCCACUGAAUUGCAUCCGGCUUACAUCUAAUAGUACGAAAGCAUUAAACCCUCGGAGGAAUUGUGUCUGUUCCUAUAAAUCUUCCUAACACUCAAUCCCAGUUUUAUCUCCAUUUUUGUUAUGAAACAAGAAAUUUAGUGAUGGCUUCAAGGAUGCAUUUGUGUUAAUGCAAGAAUGAAAUUUUUUGACUCGAUAGCAUAAUGGUUCGUGCAUCCAUGCCUUCCCUCCAAGAAAAUCAGUAGUUUCUUUGCAUGUGGCAUUACAGUUGACUUUCGUUCUGAUGAUUUUUUCCUUCUCUCUGCUUUCUCCCAGAGGACAUGUAUGGUUGGCAACCACAGAAUUUGCAGCACAACGUUCCACCACCGGAUGACCAUGUUGUCAAGGUGCCUUAUUCAGCUGCAUAUGGCUCCCACCCGCCGAAUCGGCCGGCAGCACUUGUCGUCAGUAGCGGCAGCGGUUCUGGCUCUAAUUAUUCUGGCUCCGAGAGCAAAAUCCCUCCACCUUCAGCUGGCAUUGCCCUCGGUUUCUCGAAGAGCGUCUUCACAUACGAGGAGCUGUUGCUGGCGACAGAUGGGUUCUCUGAUGCAAAUCUUCUCGGGCAAGGUGGCUUUGGGUAUGUCCACCGCGGAGUUCUCCCGAAUGGGGUAGAAGUUGCUGUCAAGCAGUUAAAAACUGGGAGUGGGCAGGGAGAGCGUGAAUUCCAGGCCGAGGUGGAGAUCAUAAGCCGUGUGCACCACAAGCAUCUGGUCUCGUUGGUUGGGUAUUCUAUUUCUGGAAGCAGGAGGCUUCUUGUCUACGAAUUUGUGCCUAACAAUACAUUGGAGUUCCAUUUGCAUGGUAAUUUUCCCUAACCGCUGUUCUUUUAUAAUCUUUUUUUUUUUUUUUUGGUAAGUGCUGCUGAUUUUCUUGGGAGGAAAUAUGUUGGUUUCAAAAAUUUAAUAUUUUUUUAUAUUAGGAAUAUUUCUAUAGGUUUUUCCUCUGCGGUGUAUAUCUGGGCUGCUAAGCUCCAGUUUGAGGCACUUGGUGUUGACUUCAGCCUCUUGCAGGGAAAGGACGACCGACUAUGGACUGGCCCACUAGAUUGAAGAUUGCUUUGGGAUCAGCGAAAGGGUUAGCUUAUCUACACGAGGACUGUGAGUCUUUCUUUCUUCCUACUAAUUGCAUGACUCACGAAUUAUAUGUGAUGUUAUAAUAUGCAUACAUUUUAUAAGGCAAGAUAUGCGAUUUUCAUUGUUUUGAGCAACCUGCAGGCCAUCCUAAGAUUAUUCAUCGUGAUAUCAAGGCAGCAAACAUCCUUCUUGACUAUAAUUUUGAGGCCAAGGUAUCGCUCAUAUUUUUUCUGUCGCCGGAAAAAGUGCUUCUAGUCCAUUCGGAAAGCAAUUGGAUUUUUAUUUUUUUUAUUUUUUCGCCAUGUUUUGAUCUCUGCCACUUAAUAAUAGAAGUACCAACAGGUUCAGGUCCUUGGACACCAUGGAAAGAGGUAAAUUAUAGUGGAACAGUGGAAGGAAUAACAUUGAAUCGCUCUAGUUUUCUUCAUUGAAAAAACCUCGGGAAACUGUUCAAUAUUUUAAGCAAAAAGCAGGGCAGAUCCUUCUUCAUUGCGCGUCCCUGAAGGCAAGAUCUGGUCGUUUGCCGAAGAAUAGCAAAUGAUGAUAUUCAGAACCCCCAUAGUUUUCUUCAAACGUUUUCUUUAUAUCAUGAAGAUGGUGUUUUAUAUUUCUUUUUGACUGGACAAUUAGAGGAUUUUCUCAGUAUAGAACAAGCUAUGAAGCAGGAAGGUGACCAGAAAAAAAGAAAAGAGAAAGGACUGCGGAUGCUAGAACAUGACCUAGCACUAACUAGCAUGAGGUUACUGAUCUAAAGAUGAUACUAAACGGCUAAGGUUAAUUGUCGAUCACCGAUGUGUGUUUGGUGUUGGCUUCACCAAAUUGAAUUGUUUAAAGAAACUUUUUUCCAUCAAUAUUUCUUUUUUAUUUUUUUAUCCAAUGCUGUCCAGGUUUGGCAAUCACAACGCCUCCAUAUUUUUCUAGUUUUUAUCUACAAUGAAUGAUAAGAUGAGAAAUUUUUAUAUGGGUCCGUAGUUGAAGAUCGACAAGUACCAUUACAUCCCAGUUCAUGCUCACGUGAUGAUCGCGAUAGUUUUACAAUUAGCAUGAUAAUUUUACUGUCACGUGAUAACUUUUUGGCUCUGUUAUAUAUUACCUUAAUAUUUCAUAAACUUUGAUUGAUAGUUGGAUAAUAUGCGAGACUAUUUGUGCAGGUUGCUGAUUUUGGGCUGGCAAAAAUUGCGUCUGAGGGAAACACUCAUGUUUCCACUCGUGUCAUGGGAACAUUUGGGUAAUGAGCCUUUUAUUUAGCUGACAUUUAUCCCAUUCUUCCUGUUUCAAUUAUCAUGACCUAGAUACCUCUGCACCCUUACUCAUCCCUCUUAGAUUGUGCCAAUCUCUCACUCCGUCAUCCUCUCUCUCUCUCUCUCUCUCUAGCCAUUUUCUAACAUAGGAUUGCUAUAAUUAGCAAGAAUCUAGAGUUUCAAAUUAGUUUCGCUCCUUUGGUCAUUCCUCUUAGAUUAUGUUCUCUCUCUCUCUCUCUCUCUCUCUCUCUCUCCUCUCUGGUUAUGCAAUCACUUUCGUUCUAAGCCGACCCAGAUUUAUGGCUCAAAGCCUUGAUGACCGAGUAUUGCUAUAAUCAGUCCGAGCCCAGAAGUCAAUGAUAAGGACCCUGCUCACUGUUUCUAUAGCCAUGCUAUUUAUUAGCUGCAUUCACAGCUGACGGAGAUCGAUGAGACUGACCCAUCUACUGCUCGAGCCUUGCUAAAUUAGGUAGAAAAUGAAAAGUCAACAAAGACAAAAACUCAGUUACUGGUUCUAUAGCCAUGCUCCUUAUUAGUUUCGUCGUAAGUUGAUCGAGAUUGAUGCCACAAGACCAUCUAACGACAUAGACAGACCUCCUAAAUUGGGUAGAAACCAGAAGUGAAGGAUGAUGAAAGCUUCAAAUGAGUAAUAUUUCCAUGUGGUAAUUCUCUCCGAAGACUUAGCUCGGAUCACUGUGCAGGUACCUCUCUCCAGAGUAUGCAGCGACCGGAAAGUUGACUGAUAAAUCCGACGUGUUCUCCUUCGGAGUAAUGCUGCUGGAGCUAAUCACCGGACGCCGCCCUGUUGAUCCCACCAACACUCUCAUGGAUGAAAGCCUCGUCGACUGGGUCGGUUUCUCUCUCCACCGCGCGCCCUCUCUUUCUCUCUCUUUCUCUAUGACUCCAAUGUUUCUGUGACCACAGGCGAGGCCUUUACUCACAAAGGCUCUGGAGGACGGCAACUUCGACGCCAUCGUUGACCCGAAGCUGGAGAAUAAGUACAACCCCGGUGAGCUGAUCCACAUGGCGACCUGCGCCGCCGCCGCCGUCCGCCACUCGGCGAGACGCCGGCCGCGGAUGACCCAGGUGGGAUCCUCCUCCUCCUCCUCCUCCUCCGCCGCCGCCGCCGUUUUGUUUCCAAAGUUGUGGGAAGAAUCUGAAUCAAAUUCAUCUGCGAAGAUUGUGAGAGCCUUAGAAGGGGAUGCGACGCUGGAGGAGCUGAACUACGGCGUCCGGCCGGGGCAGAGCUCCAUGUACGGGUCCUACAGCAGCUCGGAAUACGACGAUGGGCAGUACAAGGAGGACAUGAAGAGAUUCAGGAUGCUGGCCCUCACCAGCGAGGAGUUCGCCGCCUCCUCCUCCUCCUCCGGCGGCGGCGGCGGCGCUGGCGGCACUGGCGGCACUGGCGGCGGCGAUCUUCCGCCUCCUCGCCGGAGGAACGGCGGCGGGAGGUCGAGGGCGGCGGCGCAGGAGUACAUGAGCAGCGAUUGCAGCGGCGCCACCAGCGAGUACGACCAGAAUCCGUCGGGGUCCAGCAGCGAGGCGGUGCCGUUGCAGGAGAUAGAGGCGGGGAGGACGAGGAACUCCGACGGCGGCGGCCGCCGCGAACCUGGUGGAUCCUGA